AUGGUCAAGGAGGAAUGGAGAGGGUUAGGAGAAGUACAAUUCACCGAAAAUUUGAAGGCUUUGACGGUUCCUUUAGGGAGAUGGCAUAGAGACAACUUUGGUGAUAUGGACAAGAAAAUCAUGAAAUUUGAGGAAGAGAUUAAGAAUAAUGAUGACAUGGUCGGUAAUGGGAAUUAUGAUGGAACAGUGGAAGCAAGAAGGAGGGCGCUAGUUACUUGCUGUGAGAAAUGGUAUGUGAGGAAAGAACUACACUGGAAGCAGAUGUCGAGGUCUAGGCAUGCGAGGCACAUGGAUAAAAACACGAGAUACUUCCACAACUUAGCUUCCGCGAUAAGGAGGAAUAAUAGGAUUGAUGCUCUGGUUAUUAAUGGAAGAUUGAUAAGAAAUCAAGUCAGGAUCAAGAUUGCCAUCAGAGAAUUUUAUAAGGGUUUAUAUCAUCAAGAGCAGUCUCCUAUGGUGUAUUUUAGAGAUGGUCUGGUAGAAAUGAUCGGCGAGCAGGAUGCUAUGGCUUUAGAAGUGCUACCGACUCCUGAGGAGGUUAAAGAAGCAGUGUGGGAUUGUGAAUCUUCUAAGACUCCAGGAAGUGACGGGUUGCCGACAAAUGCUAAUGUCAUUUGGGUGGCGCUGGCUCCUAAGUUUACUGGUGCUAAGGAAAUCAAAGAUCUGUGA